UGGUCCCGGAUCCAUCUUCCAAAAGGACCAAAACCCUGACUCCAGCCUUCCACUCCGCCACUCCGGAACAUAAAAACACAAAUUGAAGUGAAGGUAUCACUGUAUCAGUAUCACCUCAACACACCUAAAAGAAGAAGAAAAAAAAUAAAAAUAAAUGGCAGUGUCAGUGUUUUCAUCAACCUUCAACUUACCCAAUCUCCCUAACUUUUCUCAUAACCAUCAUUAUAAUAACAUCACAAACCCUGCUUUUCUGUUUCAAUCUCUCCCAUUUGACCAUUCCACCGCAAUAAACCAUUCCUUUUUUAAAAUCCAUUGUGUCAAUUCAGAUUCUGUGCCGAGAACGAUCAAAGUCUCUAGUGGUGAAGCUACCAAUGGUAAAUUGGAAGCCGCUGAAGAAUUUAUUACUGGUGAUCCCAAUAUUGACAGUGGUGGCGGCAGCGGUGGCCAUGGAGAUGGGGGCGAUUCCUCUAGCGGAGGUGGAGGCGGUGGUGGUGAGGGAGAAGACAACGAUAAAGAAGAGGAGGAGUUUGGGCCGAUACUGAAAUUUGAAGAGGUUAUGAAAGAGACGGAGGCUAAAGGUGUGAGUUUGCCUUCUGAUAUGUUGGACGCUGCGAAAACUACUGGGAUUCGUAAAAUGUUUCUUCUUCGCUAUUUGGAUUUGCAGGGGUCAGUUUGGCCACUUGGAUUCUUAAUGAAAUACUGUUCCAUGCUUCGUAACCGAAUGCUAGCUGAUCCUUCUUUUCUUUUCAAAAUUGGAAUAGAGAUUGUUAUUGAUUGUUGUUGUGCAACAUUUGCGGAAGUUCAGAAAAGGGGAAAGGAUUUUUGGUCAGAGUUUGAGUUGUACCUAGCUGAUCUUUUGGUUGGUGUGGUUCUUGACAUUGCUUUGGUUGGCAUGUUAGCGCCUUAUGCUCGUUUUGGGCAGCCAUCAGUGUCAAGUGGUUUAUUUGGACGCAUACAACAUGCUUGUCGGUCUCUUCCCAGUAGUGUUUUUGAAGCUGAGAGACCAGGAUGUAGAUUCUCAGUGAAGCAGCGGAUUGCUACGUACUUUUACAAGGGUGUACUGUAUGGUUCAGCUGGGUUUGGCUGUGGUCUCAUUGGCCAAGGCAUAGCAAAUUUGAUCAUGACUGCCAAAAGGAGAAUCAAAAAAUCUGAAGAGGAUAUUCCUGUGCCACCUCUUUUGCAAAGUGCUGCUCUUUGGGGUGUUUUUCUGGCUGUGUCUUCCAACAUUCGUUAUCAAAUUAUAAACGGACUGGAAUCUGUUGUGGAAAAAUCAGCAUUGGCAGAGCAGGUCCCUCCUGUUGCAAAGGCUUUCACUGUGGGUGUGCGAUUCGCCAAUAAUAUUUAUGGUGGCAUGCAGUUUGUGGAUUGGGCGAAAUGGAGUGGUGUGCAAUAGAUAAAUUACAGAGAUUAGUCAAAGCAGCCUUCUGUUUUAGUUUAGCUUAGAUGAGAGUUUCCGCAAUUAUUUCUUUCUUGAUUAUAUUAGAAUAAAGUUGCAUUACUUGAUAAGUUGUGGUUUGGGUGAAGAUGAUUAAAAGAUAGAAAGUCGAUUUUUUGUGGAA